CUCUCCCCCAUGCUGCUGCCACCUCUGUUGCUGCUGCUGCCCCUGCUGUGGGCAGUGGCCCUGGCCCAGGAUCUGAGAACCUGGUUGCGCCUGCAGGAGCGGGUGACGGUGCAGGAGGGCCAGUGCGCCCUCGUGCCCUGCGACUUCUCCUACCCCAGAGGAGGUUACAGUGAGCACAGCCCAGCCUACGGCUACUGGUACAGAGAAGAGGUAGGGUCUUGGGGUCCACACUUUAUUCUAGUGACCACAAACCACCCACUUAGUAAGAUGCAGACGAAAACCCAGGGUCGCUUCCACCUGCUGGGGGACCCCCAGACCUACAGCUGCUCCCUGGACAUCAGAGACGCGCGGAGAGAGGACACGGGGACCUACUACUUCAUGGUGGAGAGAGGUCCUGUGAGUUAUAGUUACGGGAAUCAGCCACUCUCUGUAACCGUGACAGCGCUGACCCACAGGCCGGACAUCCACCUCCAGGGGCCCCUCCAGGCUGGCCGGCCCAGCAACAUCACCUGUGCGGCGCCCUGGGCCUGUGAGAGGGGAACACUCCCCACCUUCUCCUGGAGGGGGGUCGGCCUCAGCGCCACGGGCACCGACUCCCCGGUGCUCACCCUCAGCCCGGGGCCCCAGCACCACGGCUCCAGCCUCACCUGCCGGGUGACCUUCCCUGCAGCGGGUGUGAGCACAGAGACCACCGUCCGGCUCACCGUGACCUAUGCGCCCCAGAACCUGGCCAUCCAGGUGAUCAGGGAAGAAGGCUCAGGACCUGAAGCCCUGGGCAACGGCUCCUCUCUCCCAGUGAGGGAGGGCCAGUCCCUACGCCUGGCCUGUGUGGUCCACAGCAGCCCUCCCGCCAGGCUGACCUGGCUCAGGGGGAACCUGACCGUGAAGUCCUCUCCAAGCCUAAACCCCGUGGGUGCGGUUGGCACGUGGGAGCACCCCCAGACCCUGGAGCUGGAGCUGGCCAGGGUGCACCUGGAGGACCACGGGAAACUCCUCUGCCACGCUCAGAACCCCCUGGGCUCCCAGGAGGCCUCCCUGAGUCUCUCUGUGGAGUAUGCGCCCCAGAACCUCACUAUCCGGGUGAUCAGGAAAGAAGGCUCAGAACCUGAAGCCCUGGGCAACGGCUCCUCUCUCCCGGUGCAGGAGGGCCAGUCCCUGCGCCUGGCCUGUGUGGUCCACAGCAGCCCUCCUGCCAAUCUGACCUGGGUGCAGGGGAACCUGACCGUGAAGUCCUCUUUAAGCCUAACCCCCGUCAUUGUGGGAGGCGCGUGGGAGCACCCCCAGACCCUGGAGCUGGAGCUGGCCGGGGUGCGCCUGGAGGACCACGGGAAACUCCUCUGCCACGCUCAGAACCCCCUGGGCUCCCAGGAGGCCUCCCUGAGUCUCUUUGUGGAGAAGCCGCCCCCACCCACCUCCCACAGCCCUUCAGGCUCCCGGGGCAUCGUGCAGGGUCACCAGGGCGGAUCCUGGUCUGACAGCCCCCCGCACCCCUGGGGCCCGGCGGUGACCCCCUCAGAGGAGGAGCAGGAGCUGCAUUACGCCUCCCUCGGGCUCCCCAAGGCAAACCCCAGGGCCUUUCUGGUCCAGGAGGCCUCCGAGUACGCCCAGAUCAAAGGAGCCGCCCUCUCCUGA